AUGAGACGGCAGGAGCGGCAGCAUGUUCCCGGCAGCAACGGGUCUCCCGGUGAGAACGCACAGAAACUUUCGGAGCCGAGUGGAGAAAGCGUUGUGGGGGUGCUGCUUUGUGGUCGCGGUGUUGGUGGUGAUGUUGUUGUUGGUGGUGAUGGUGGUGUUGUUGCGGUGUCAGGCCGCCUCUCUCUCCCUACUCUACUGUUAUGCGCUCUCCGCUGCCCGUUGCCUCUUUAUUACAGCGCAGAGUCCGACUCCUACCGGUGCGUCACUCAGCCAGCCCACAGACACUCAACACACACUGAACACACAGAACAGAAACACACUACACACACAGCAGGAUGCAGAACAUCAGUGUGCUAUAUGAUCCUGUACAGUGUCAGACAGGAAACAGGCGCGGGAGCUGGAGCUUUAUGUGGGCGCAGUGGACCGGCUGUGA